AGUCAUCCAUCAGUUGCUCAAGUCCAUCUUUGUGUUCCUCUUCAGUCUUCAAAAUGCUGCAGCUUUUUUUCUUCGCAAUCACUCUUGCGGUUAUUGUAUGUCCUAAGGCUGAGGCCGCAAGUCCUCUCGAACAAAAAUUUCUGUUUAAAAGAAAUGACAACAUAAAGGUGUGCGGCAGAAUGCUGACACAAACCCUGGCCAUUCUUUGCGAAGGAGAAUAUUACCAUCCAAAGGAAAACAGUUCUAGAACAUACAGGCCACAAAAAAGGAACUACGGAACGGAACCAAUCGAAAUUGAUUCUUAUCCCCAGUGGCUUCUUCUUUCCUUGAUGUCCAAAGGCCAACUAGAUUCAUCCUUGUUAAGCCUCCUCCGUCCCUGGAUGGUCAAAUCUCAACUUGAAGCCAGCCAGGCCUAUCCCGAACCUUCAGCUUUUCACAAGAGAAAACCGAGAGGUGUCGUUGAUGAAUGCUGCAAGAAACCCUGCACAUUCAGAGAACUCGUGUCCUAUUGCCGAAAUCCAGUAAACUGGGAAGAGCGGAUAAUAAACGUAACAGCAGACCGUGAACGUGAUGAAGAAUGAUAACAGAACGUGAUUCUCAUGAAAAAUGACAACAAAAUGCGAACUUGAUGAUGAAUGACAACAGAAAAUGGAAAAAGAAUUUUUCGUUAAAAUUUCUGCUCAGAGUAUAUAUGCGUAUCUUUUUUAACUUUAGAUAAAUUAGCAUAGUUCUUCCUCGUGUGCAUUUUUAUACAUUUUGUCAUUUUAAACUUCUUAUAAGGAUUCUUAAUGCCAUGCUUCCAUUACAUCUGAAUAUGCUUUCAAAAUAUUCAGACUGAUGUAAGGAAUAACAUUACAGCAAUUCAUAACUGCAUAUAAAAAUCCGUAGAAAACGCAGAUAUUUUUCUGAGGUUAAUCUUCAUUAAAUUUAAUGGAUAUGAAAUAUGAUAAAAAUUCUUCCGUUAUUUCUCGUUAAGUAAUAAAAACGUAAGAAUGCGUUUAAAAUUAUAUGCUCAAUUGCUCACUGAAAUUUGCCUUUUAUAUACCUAGCUGUGCUUCUCUAGGAUUCAACACAUUAAUCACAUCGAAGAAUAAGUAAAUUCCAUGUUAUGGUAUUUUAAAAUGCAUAAAACCAGAAUGUCAGAGAUAUAAUUUAUUUCUACCAAUACAUGUAAACAUCAAUCAAAAUCAAGACCUUUUCAAUCUUUUCAAUCUAUAAAUUUAAAAAGUGUAAUUAAUGAACCCAUUAAUUACUCCUGUUUAUAAGAUUUAUAAUUAAAAUAUGAAUCGCCUUCAUACUUUGCAUGCAUUUGCACAUGAGAUUUUCAUUAAGAUAAGGGUGUAGAUUUUGGACGAACAUUAUGGAAUAGGUUAUAAAGGUAAUAUGUGUAAUAUCAGAUCAGCAGUAAUAAAGUUUUUUUUUAAUACGAUAGUUAUUUAUAAUGUACUACGAACAUUUUCCAAAAUCACUAAAAGUUUUUUGAAGAAUUUUAUUGACUUUUAAUCUAAAUUCAGCUCUAAAUGUCAAUUUUAUUUUCCUUUAGUAUGUGGUCUCAUUUUGAAUCUUGUACGCUGGAAAUCGAAAAACAUUAAGAGAGGUUUACGAAUUUUUUAAAAUAAAUUCUCACUAAUUAUGUAAAACAUGUACUGCUAAAUUCUUGAAAGCAAAAGAAUUUGAAUUUUAUAACUGCAAAAAAUCUCACAUUUUCUUUUUUUAAGAAAACAUUCACGGUAUGAAAUAAGAAGAUGGUAUGUCAAUGAAUUGCUUUCUCUCACCAGAUUAAAUGUUCACCUGCUUUAUGUAAACCUAGAAUUCAUUAUUGUGUCAUAAAGUGUAAUGAUUUUGUAUUACUGAAAAUAAAAGAAUUCUGCAGAAUA